UCUGCUAGGCACUCCUGCCGGAAGAUGGCGGCGGCCGCGGAGUUGACGCUGCUGGAGAAAUCCCUGGGGCUGAGUAAAGGGAACAAAUACAGCGCUCAGGGCGAGCGCCAGAUUCCAGUUCUUCAGACAAACAAUGGUCCAAGUCUAACAGGACUCACUACUAUAGCAGCUCAUCUUGUCAAGCAGGCCAACAAAGAAUAUUUGCUGGGGAGCACUGCAGAAGAAAAAGCAAUCGUUCAGCAGUGGUUGGAAUACAGGGUAACUCGAGUAGAUGGACACUCCAAUAAAGAGGAUAUCCGCACUCUGUUGAAGGACUUAAAUUCAUAUCUUGAAGAUAAAGUCUACCUUACAGGAUAUAACUUUACCUUAGCAGAUAUCCUAUUGUACUAUGGACUUCAUCGCUUUAUAAGAAGGAAACUCGGGCUUGGAACAUCAAGUGCCUUGUGCGAAGACACAGCCUGGGUUUUGGAGGAGCCAAAACAAACUUCAUCUUCUGCUGCAGGUGUCACAGUGUACGGGGACGCCCGUCAUACACCAUCAAAUACCAUAAUGUAUGAUAAUAUUUCCUCAUCCCCCCUCAAGCUCUAAUUGCUCAGUGGAUUUACUCAACUUACUAAACAUCGUUUCUCUAAAAUCCCUAAGGGAUCGUGCUCAGUUCUAUAACAUUAUCACGGUAACCACCUAAUAGGAUCUUUCACUCCCUGCUAGUCUCUAUUAUUACAACUGUAUUUACUGAGUUCAUUAUAUGUGUCCAUAAUACUGUUCUUGAGAGACAUAAAUACAAACCCCUAUUUUUAAGCAACUGUUGAUCUCUUCACAGAGGUAAGACUGUUUCACAUGAAAAGAACUGAAUAAGGCAAAGUGCUAAUUUCUGGUCAGAAUAUUAUGGAAAACUUAAAGAGGCAAAUAGAAUAAAGUAAAAUGGAGAAUCAUGAAAUUGUCAGAAAAAUAUCUGCAGGAUUUUUGGCUAUUUAAGGGAAUUUGUGUUGUUUUAGAAGGCUUAUGAUAAGUUUGAAUAUAAAUCUUGCCUAUAAGUAGAAUGACCAUCUGAUUUCUCAAAACAAUAGUUUUGACAGUGAAAGGAGAGUUACUAAUAAUUAUUGGUACAACCGGAAAAAAGUAGAACAAAUGUUCCUUGUACUUCAAAGAGAUAAGACUCUAUUUUAAGCAAAAUAAGGGAACUAAGGAGGAUCAUGUCUUAUUUCUCUUUGUAUCCCUUCCAGCUCUGCGCACAUGCAUCUUACAACUAGAUGCUUAUUGAGAUCAGCAAUACUUAGCAGUCUCUUCCUCUUGGUACUUCCUGUUUUAGGUUGUAAUAUCUUUACAGUGCAGUCUUUAGUUUAUGCUUCAGUAUGAUUAACUCUAAAACCUUAUUCAAAUGUGAAGACAGUUUAAGUAGAGCUGAAGUAAAUUUGAUCACAGCAGCCUUCUCUUAUUUUCUAGAUUCAAAAUAUUUUAGUAACUUUUAAUGUAGAAUGGUGACGUGGCACAGUUUACCUCAUUUCAAAAUACGAAAGCCUCUAGCUAAAGAGAAUUUGCUGUUACGGUAUCUACCUAUCUUUAUCCCGGCGGCAAAUCUACGGUCUUUAAACUAGGAGGUGUCCAUUGCUUGACUUGAGGGCAAGCCCACUGUUAAGACCAUGGCUACUUUCUAGAGGAGCAAAAGAACAACUUCUAUCUAACAACAGCACCCUUGUAGGCAUUUUUAAAACAUUUAAACAUGGCAUUACUUCAUUUUAAAAGCUUAAUAUUAGGAGAAAUGUCAUCUCUAACCCUGUGUGUGAUGCUGUCAGCAGGCUAGUGAAGGCCGGGCUUCUUGUGGCAUAGAGCUCUCGUUAAGGACAGCAUUUCUCCCAUGUAAUAAAGUGUAACUCUUGCAAACCAAGUGUGUAUUUACGUUUUUCUCUGUUCUGGCUUAUGCAGGUCAUGCAGUAGGGAAAGGAAAUAUUCAGGAGGAGGGAGCUUUCUGGAACUUCUUGGCCAGCAGUGUGAACAAGGUCAUAAUUCUAUAAAGCAAAAUAUUAAUAGCACAGACUACAGAUUUAUUUAAUUAUAAGUUCAGGUGCCCUGGAGAGCAUUUGAUUUUCAAGCAGGUUAGAAGUGUUUUGUUCCAUGCAGCAUGUUAAAACUCGGGUUACAUUAACAAUAUUUAAUGAUAAUGUGCCCAGUUAUGUUUCCUGUUUUGGGAUGUAUAUCCCCUUUACAUGUAGUGAGUAGGAUAUUACGAAGGAUAUUCCGCUUUUCUUUUUUUUUUUUUUUUUUUUCAAAAUAACAGUGAAUGGAGUGAUAUAUAAACCAUUCAACUCACCGUCCCUGUGCGUUCAUGAAAUGAGUCCAUAACCAAAACAUCUCUCUCAGCCUGGUCUGUGUGCAGGUAAAGUACAUCUGAGAAAUAAACACCUUCUCAAGGAACUCCUCACAGACUCAAAGCUCUGCUCUGAUAGACUUGCACAGUGGUGUUAAAUGACACCCUCUUGACUUAGGUGUAAAUAUAUCCAGAUGAGAAAAAGGGGAUUGUUCAGUAUUAAGUUCAGGCAGAGUCAUGUGUAGCUCAGGCUGGCUACCUGUUCACAUUCACGAGACAGUUUCUUGUACUUUGUUUGCUUUGGCAGCAUAUUUAUUUUUGCCCUCAUGCAUUCCUUCAUUUAUUUGUUCCCAUUAUUAAAUACUUAAUAUGUAAUCAGCACAGUGUACAAAACAGCAGUCAGGGAACCUUCAAGUCAUCAGAUAAUCCCACAGUAUUUUGUUUCAUUGUGAGCCCAAUUUUAGUUGUGGCUAAGUUACUCUAAUUAUAAGAUCUGGUCUAUCUUAAUUCCCUUUGAGGAAUAUUACGUUGUUCUUCCUUUGUGAAACUGCCAGUUAGCGUGGCUGUUUAUUAUCCUACCAGUGACUCAUUGCUUUCUUAAAGUGAUUUCACUCAUAGAUAGCCGUCCCUGUGAACAGACUGUUACUCAAGAUUAUUGAAAUCCUUUGUAGUGUUAUGUGCUGCUUGACUGAGAUUGUUAUCAACGAAAAUACAUUUGUUUUGAAGUUAGGAACACCAGUGGAGGUACGUUGUUCUUUUAGAAAGAAAGGAAAAGUACAAGAAACAGCUGCAGUGCAGUCCAGGAGCACCGACUAAAGAAUGUCCUGAAGAUAGCAAAGCGGCCCCUUGCCCCGAUCUGGAAUGGGUCACUUAACAUGGUGCUCACAUGUCUUUGUGGGAAAUUGGUGACUAAGAAUAUCAUCUCUUUGGCUUUGAAGGUUCAGACUAGAUAUAGGGAGCCAAUUUAUAUAAGUAAAAAGGGAUGAUUAGGUAGAAGGAGCCAAGCAUCAUCGCUAUAGACACACUGGCAUGGGGGCCAGUAAGAAACAGGAAGUGGUGACUGAAAAGUCACAUUGUGUUUCCUGCUGUAAGAAAGGAAAAGAAACUAGCCAACUAGAGAGGGAUGCUGGAAGACCAAUGUUGUACGUGAGAGGGCCCAGGGGAUUCCAUCUAAAAAGUUCUAAAAAAUUAUAAGGUUUUUCUUUGCAGGGGAGGGAUCUGUUUUGUGUUUGUUUACAGUAAAUUCAGAAAUAAAAUGUCUACCAGAAAUGUGGCAGAGAUAACAAAUUGAGAUCAGUUACAAGUUUCCCAGAUUCAUGGGAUAGGCUCCAGAGUUUAAACUAAGAAGAAGGUAAGUGGUAACCUGAACCUUUUGGGAAAGUUCUUGUGUAUUUUUGGCUAACUUUUCUGAGGGAAAAUGAACAGAUUUACAUUCUCUGAAGUAGAUCAUCUAGUUAAAAAUUAUUGGAAUAAAUUGGAAAUGUUAGCAGAAGCUUUAGAACCUCUUGGAAUAAAACUUACUUUGUACUGUGGCUCCUGGGUGGCUCAGUCAGUUAAGCGUCCAACUCUUGCUUUC